UUAUUGUUAUUUAUUUUUAUUAUUACCGCAGCCCAAAUUUGGUUUUCGAGAAAUUCUUCACGAGCCCCAGCCGCCAGCUCUGGGCUGGACCCACGGCUCCAACCGGCUCGAUUCUACUUGCAAGUUGCAUCUCCGCCUUCUAAGGCGCCUCCGGCGAUCCAUCGGAGCCACAUUCGCAUCCAAGAAUGAGCCGGUUCUUGUCGCAGCGCCGAGUCCAAGUCGCCGACGCCCAACCGAUUCGCCACAACGAGCCGUCAGAAACCCCUGCAAACGACGGUGAGGAUGAAAGCAUCAUCAAAAUCAGGCCGUCCGAUAGCAACGUGACGGAAGAUCAGGAGCCGUUCAUGGGGAUCAAGAUCCGCCGGAAAGCCUCCAGCCGCAGAGACUACAGGGGUGAUUACGUUGACAUCCCUUCGCGUCCCUAUCUCACGAAGAUCCUCGAGAAACAAGGUGACAAGAAAGUUCUCUUUGCUGACAAAGUUCUCAAGUUUACUGGCUCAGGGAAGAUGAAACAGCGUAUUCUUCUAAUUACUGAUUUUGCCAUUUACAUGAUUGAUCCUGAGACCAAUGCACUUAAGAGGCGGGUAGCACUAGCAGCUGUUGACAGGGUUUGCUUGAGUGAAUUGAGUGAUAAUUUCUUUGCAGUUAUCAUUCCAACCGAAUAUGAUAUACUCAUGGCUAGUACUCGGAAGACUGAAAUUGUUAAUGUUUUAGUAGAAGCUAACAAGAGCACAUCAAAUUAUGAACUUGAGGUGGCUUUCUCCAAUAGCUUUGAGUAUCAUGCAGCCGCUGAUCUGGAGAAGGAAAUUCAAUUCGAGGAAGUAGAAGGUGGGGUCAAAACAAGAAUUGUGCGGAAAUAAGUUGCGUGUUGUAUUUGCCAUACCGUGCCAGAACCAAGCCCUUAUUCCUGCCAUGUAAAGGUGAUUGAAUUUGUUUGCUACCCAAAAAAAAAAAAAAGGUGAUUGAAUUUGUCCUAUUUGUGAAACAGUGUUCUCAGAAUUAAACCGACAAGCAAGAUAGUGUAGCUCAUACUUCUAAAGUUUACCCUUCCAAUUGUUUUAUUCCAUAAGCCAAAUCUCACAUUGGAUGUAUUUGAUUGUGAUUAUUAGUUCUUUCAGUCUAUAUAUAAGGUAGUGUCGCCAUUGCAACAGAA